AUGAUUACUAGGAGGAGAGUUCUGGGGAUAUCAAUGAUGACUUAUUCUGAAUCACGCGGUCACAAUUUUACGCUCAAUGCAACAUUUGAUGACGUUGAGUUUGACAAAUAUGAUGGACUAAUAAUACCAGGAGGACGGGCUCCUGAAUAUCUUGCUAUGGAUGCAUCGGUUGUAGGGUUGGUGAGAAAAUUUUCCGAUUCUAGAAAGCCAAUUGCUGCUAUUUGCCAUGGGCAGUUGGUCUUAGCAGCUGCUGGAGCUGUUAAAGGUCGAAAGUGUACUGCGUUCCCAACUCUGGGACCUGUACUCGCUGCUGCAGGCGCUUACUGGGUAGAACCUAAGACCAUGUCGGGUUGUGCUGUUGAUGAUAAUCUAGUUACUGGGGCUACAUUUGAAGGUCAUCCUGAGUUCAUUGGGCUUUUUGUGAACGCACUGGGGGGUAACAUAACUGGCUCAGAUAAGAGGAUCCUGUUUCUCUGUGGAGAUUUCAUGGAAGAUUAUGAGAUAACUGUGCCUUUUCAAUCCCUUCAAGCUCUAGGAUGCCAUGUUGAUGGAGUUUGCCCCAAGAAAAAAGCUGGUGAUAUUUGCACAACUGCUGUCCAUGAUUUUGAAGGUGAUCAAACCUACAGUGAGAAGCCAGGCCACAAUUUCACUUUAACAGCUGAUUUUGAUACUAUUGAUGUCUCAAGUUACGAUGCUCUUGUAAUCCCUGGAGGUCGAGCUCCAGAAUAUUUGGCAUUGGAUGAGAAAGUUAUUAAAAUAGUGAAGCAAAUCGUGGAAGCUGGGAAACCAGUUGCAUCCAUCUGCCAUGGGCAACAGAUUUUAGCUGCUGCUGGUGUUCUGCAGAAAUGCACUGCAUACCCAGCAGUGAAGCUUAAUGUGGUUUUGUCGGGAGCAACAUGGCUGGAACCUGAUCCAAUAGAUCGUUGCUUCACUGAUGGAAAUUUGGUUACAGGAGCAGCGUGGCCAGGCCACCCGGAGUUCAUUUCGCAACUGAUGGCAUUGCUUGAUGUUCGAGUAUCAUUCUAG